AUGUCGAUCCUGGGGAUUAAGCGCAUCAGGACUGCCAGCUACCAUCCUCAGUCCAAUGGCCUUGUCGAACGUUUCCACCGCCAACUCAAGGCCUCGUUGGCAGCAACAGUUCAAGACCGCAGCGACUGGACCACGACUCUGCCCCUAGCCCUCCUCGGCAUACGGACGUCUCUUAAGGAAGACUUUGGCCACUCCUCCGCAGAGCUUCUGAGGACGCGUAAACACGUUACCAAUGACCGCCACGGCAAGUCAGACGUCAUCGCUAUUGACCGGGUGAAGCCCGCGUACCUCCUACGGCCGGAUUCUACAGCAACCAACACCGUGUCAGUGUCCCCUCGUCCUGCGCCUAAAGAGAAUGUCCAGAGCUGCAAGAAGAAGCGUGCGUUGUGUCGACCGAACAGAGGAACUAUUGCUGGAUACUUUUUGGCGGAUCGCCUCAUGUGGUGGCUUCCGGUGGGCGCCUCCCUCUUCGCUAGUAACAUUGGGUCUGAGCAUUUCAUUGGCAUGGCAAGCUCGGGUGCAGCAAGCGGCAUUGGCAUUGGGGCCUUCAACUUUAACUCCAUCAUCCUGUUGCAACUCAUGAGCUGGGUCUUUCUGCCGGUCUUCAUCGCCAGUAAAGUACGAACGGUGCCGGAAUACAUGCACAAAAGAUUUGGCGGUCAACGGAUCCAGAUGUACUUAGCUGUACUAUCACUACUCCUCUACAUCUUCACCAAGAUCUCUGUUGAUCUGUACUCUGGUUCCAUCUUCAUCAAUCAAGCACUCAAAUGGGAUAUAUACUGGUCGAUGACUGGGCUGCUUGUGCUGACGGCGCUCUUCACUGUGACGGGGGGAUUGGCCGCCGUCAUCUAUACGGACACUCUGCAGGUCAUCAUCAUGCUGGCCGGCGCACUCUUUGUUAUGAUUAAAGCCUUUCAAGAGGUUGGCGGAUAUGGGGCAUUGCAAUACAAAUACAUGCAGGCUGUGCCUAAGCUAACAUAUAAAAACACAAGUUGCGGUUUGCCAAGAGACGAUUCGUGGAUAAUGUUAAGGGAUCCUGUUAACUCUGACUUGCCAUGGCCAGCAUUUCUGCUAGGCCAGACCCCAGCCUCCAUCUGGUACUGGUGUGCUGACCAGAACAAGGAAGAGUAUUAG